ACGCCUCCUCAAAGCUCCAGAGGCUGCGACUUUAGCACGAACCACUCACUCAGUCACAUUCAAAGGUUCAUAAACACAGAUUAUAUGAAAUAAGAUUAAAGCGAUGGCGUCAGAAACAUUGCACAAACGCUGACUUUACAGCACAGUGAGUCUGAGUUUUGUUAAUUUGUGCGGAGAUUUAAAAAGCUCUUUUUACGUCGAGUUAGCUUGUUAGCUCUUAACUAACUAACGUUACUGCAUUUGUGGGUUGUGCGAAUUUGACUGACGACAAAUAUUAACUUGCAUUCAGACGAGUUUUAUCUAUAUUAACCUUCAAAAAACAGUAGAAAGUGUGAGAAGGAUGUUAUUUACGUAAUUUGGUUAAGCUACGCUUCAUCUAUUUAUAAUAUGGUUUUAUGUACGUGUAAACUGUCAUAUAUAAAUGUAGUAAGUAAACAUCUACAAUGGCCUGUCAGGGUCAAAGAAACCCAUGUUUCACCUGACUGUAAGUGUUUAUGCUUUUUAUAAUCAGAUAUGGCGUAUCGGUAGUUUUACUGGAGCGUGUGGGGCUCAAAUCUCAGUGUGUUGAUAGUUUAAGGAGGUUGACAGGAGGAAAUCCAUUCUGUUUUUGUCAGAAAGACACUUUAUUUUUUUUUUUUUGAGCCACAAGCAAGCGAGUUUUGGAGCUGAUAUUCAGCAUGGCUAAGCUUCAUGCGGGCAAUGGAGUGCACUGGAAGGACGGUAAAAGUCAGCGCGGCACAGCGGACGGUCUGGCCGAGCAGGAGAGCUCCUCUCGGGGCUCAGACUCUGAGCUCAACGGCUUCGCCAACACGGAGGUCCAGCCCGACAAAUACGGGUUUAUUGGUGGAGCUCAACAAACUGCAGGAGAAAACAGUGAUGAUAUUCCUCCAGACGUGCUCCGGCAGAGAGAAGCUAAAUGGCUGGAUAUGCUCAACAACUGGGACAAGUGGAUGGCCAAGAAACACAAAAAGGUGAAGUUGCGUUGCCAGAAGGGCAUCCCUCCUUCGCUCAGAGGCCGCGCGUGGCUUUAUCUGUCUGGAGGGAAAGUGAAGAAAGAGCAGAAUCCAGGCAAAUUUAAGGAGUUAGAUAGUCAGCCUGGAGAUCCUAAAUGGCUGGACGUGAUAGAGAAAGACCUUCACAGACAGUUUCCAUUCCAUGAAAUGUUCGUCGCUCGAGGAGGCCACGGGCAGCAGGAUCUGUUCCGGGUAUUGAAGGCAUACACACUGCACAGGCCAGAGGAAGGCUACUGUCAGGCUCAGGCUCCUAUAGCUGCAGUGCUGCUCAUGCACAUGCCUGCUGAGGAUGCGUUCUGGGGUCUGGUCCAGAUUUGUGAAAAGUAUCUGCCUGGUUACUACAGUGCAGGCUUGGAGGCCAUUCAGUUGGACGGUGAGAUCCUGUUUGCUCUGCUGAAACGAGUGUCUCCUGUGGCCCAUCGGCAUCUGAAGAAAUACAAGAUUGACCCGAUCCUGUACAUGACAGAGUGGUUCAUGUGCGCCUUCUCCAGAACGUUGCCCUGGGCCUCUGUCCUGCGCGUGUGGGACAUGUUCUUCUGUGAGGGAGUGAAGAUCAUCUUCCGUGUGGGUUUGGUGCUGUUGAAGUGCAUGCUGGGAUCUCCAGAGAAACUGAAGGCCUGUCAGGGCCAGUAUGAGACCAUGGAGCUCCUCCGAUCUAUUGAGCCACGAUACAUGCAGGAGGCAUUUUUAGUUCAAGAGGUGAUUGAUUUGCCGGUGUCUGAGCGAGACAUCGAGAAGGAGCAUCUCUCUCAGCUGCGCCGCUGGAAAGAGACUCACGGUGAGCUGCACUGUAAAUCUCCACCCAGAAUGCAAGGCGCCAAAGCCAUCAUGGCCGCUGAGCCACCCAGUCGAAAAGACCUCAAACAAAACCCCACCAUCAUUGUAGAGGCUGCCGAGAGCCAGACAGAGACUGGCAAAAAAGCCAAGAAGAGUAAAACUGAGAAGAGAAAAGAGACUCAGAGCUCCCUGCCACCCCUCAAUCCAUACCCGUUACCCAGCGACAACCAUCUAUCGCCCAGCGGAACACAGCCGCUGCAGAAACACGGACCCCUGCAGGCCUCAAACCAGAGCCUCAGCAGCGCAGAGCAAGACACAUACCUGUAAAACACAGCUCACACACUAUCACAAAUCUCACCUUUUUCUUGCAAUUUUGAGGUUUUUUUUAAUCAUGAGCUUAAAAAUAUAAAAAUUCUGAGAUAAAAACUCAGAAUUACAAGAAAUCAAGUCACAAUUCUGAGGGGAAUAUAGUCAAAAUGUGAAAAUUUAAAUCGAAAUAGUGACAAAUCAAGUCAGAAUUGCAAGAAAAAAAAAAAGAUUUUGGAAAUAUAUCUUACGAUUUCCAUCCUGCCUCAGGAUCUGCAUCAGUGACACGACUGGACCAACACACACACCUUCAUUAAGAAUAUUAAUGAAGACGAUGCUUUACAAUUGUGAGGAUUUCUGUGGUAAAACAUAUGAAUUGCACUUCUGGGGUCCGUUCUUCGUACGUGGAUUACUCAGUUAGCUGGAUUUGGAUAUUGACGAUUUGACACGAUCCAGGAUCAUUUCGUUCUUCAAAGCUGAUCCGAGAGUUGUUGUCAUAG